AUGUACGUGAGCUACCUGCAGCUGGACAAGGACCCCGCCAUGUACCCGCACCAGAACCCGGUGGCCCGCCACCCGGGUCUCAGCCUCAGCCCGCAGAACUUCCCGGUCCCCGCCCCGCCGCAGUACCCGGACUUCGCCGGCUACCACCACCACCACCACGGCCUGGGCAACGACCCGCACCCGGCGCAGCAGGCCGGGCCGGGGGCCGGCGGCUGGAGCCCGGCCUACCCGCCUCCUCCUCCGCCCGCUCGGGACGACUGGUCGUCGCAUCACUACGCGGCGGCGGCAGCGGCCGCGGCGGCCGGCGGGCCUCCGGCCGCCUCCACCGUCCCCGGAGCGGUGGGUCCCGCCCUGGGCUUCAGCCCCCCGGACUUCCCCGGUCAGCUGCCCGCGUCCCUGAACGCGUCGGCCGGGCAGCUGUCCCCCGGAUCCCCGCGCAGGAGGAACCCGUACGACUGGAUCCGAACCUCGGCGCCGCCCAACAACCCAAACGGAAAGACGCGAACCAAAGACAAGUACCGGGUGGUUUACACCGACCACCAGCGGCUGGAGCUGGAGAAGGAGUUCCACUACAGCAAAUACAUCACCAUCCGGAGGAAGGCGGAGCUCGCCACGGCGCUCAGCCUGUCAGAGAGACAGGUGAAGAUCUGGUUCCAGAACCGCCGGGCCAAGGAGCGCAAGAUCAACAAGAAGAAGCUCCAGCAGCCGGCCUCCUCCACGACCACGCCCACGCCUCCCACCGGCGGCGGUGGUCUCCACGGAAACGGCGGCAGCAGCGUCGCCAUGGUGACGAGCAGCAGCGGCGGCAGCAGCAACGGCCUGGUGUCUCCGUCUCUGGCUCUGAACAUCAAAGAGGAGUACUGA